GUGAGAGCAGGGGCCAGUGGAAGUGGGUGAAGGGUCCUGGUCUCUCCUGGACCCUGCCCUGCCUUUGUUUCAGAAAUCCCUCCAAGUGCCUCCCUGCCCCAUCUCCCUACAGGCGGGCCUGGUUCUCAGCACCCAGUGGGCACAGGCUUGAUAGCAUAUCCUGCCCUUCGGACUUGAGCAGUCUUUGUUCUUACUCCCCUUGACUCAAGGGAGUUGAAACCAUCUCCUGGUCACAAAAGUGCCUCCUUACAGAGAUGCCGUGGCUUGGCAGAAUAGGGUACAGAUGAACCGCAGACUCCAUAUACAAACCUUGGCCCGUUGUGGAGAUAUUAGUGAUCCCUGAGUAAAAUGGAGUCUCCUGAGACCUUCAUGAGAAAAUUGCCCAUCACACCAGGAUACAGUGGCUUCAUACCAUGGCUCAGUUGCCAAGGAAGCCCCAACGAGGACCAAAUGAAUCAUUGUGUGAAAGCCUUCCAGGAGAGGACGCAGAGAUACAAGGAGCAGCAGCAGGAACUGAACUGCUGUGUGGCUCGCACCCCGGUCCUGAAGCCCAUCUGCUCCGAGGACACAGUGCUGUGGACGCUGCAUGAUUAUGCCAAGAAGUAUCACCCCCUGACUCUGGAAUGCAAGAAUGUGAAAAAACCACUGGAGGAGCCCCCCAUCCCUGGCUGGGCAGGCUUCUUACCCAGAGCCAGGGUCACUGAAUUUGGCUGUGCCACAAGGUAUACCAUCAUGGCCAGAAAGUGCUACGAGGACUUCCUGGAACUGGUAGAGCAGGCCAAGAGGGCACGACGGAAGCCUUAUGAUCAAAUAUAUAGUGUGAGCUCCGCACAGCCUCCUGAUGCGUCUCCAAAAGUCUCACAGCACCACGGCCUCCCACCUGAACACCAAGACUCCUCUGUGCCAGGUCAAACAUCCCCAGGUGAGGACUUCCGAUCUCCUGGAACCUGUGGCUGUGCUCAGUGGUCCAGUCUGUCAUGCAGCAGGAAUGUGUAUGGGGAACCCCCAUCCUCAGCAAGGAAAUUUGCAGAGGGAUAGAAUCCCGCCUCCUCCCAAAGAGAUGUGAGCCUUAAGGGAGUUCAGAAGCCUGCUACGUUUGCAUCAGAACCAGCCCUUCACACUCUUUGAGCAAUGAGGAGAUUUCAUAAUAAUUCUUUAACCACUAUCUGUGCCCUGAGUGACUGG